AUGGACAAUAGUCCUCACACUGAAGGUCGCGUGCGCAACAAGAGCGUCAGCGGCGAAAAGUAUAUGGUUGUUUGGGACAAUUGUAAGGGUACUGAAUCACCAGCUACUUUUGUGCAUGUCGAAGAAUUAUCUGAUCCUGAUAAAGCUUAUAAAAUAUUUUUAAAAAAUCACACUUGUUAUGAUCUAAUUCCAUUGAGUGCCAAAUUAGUCGUGUUCGAUGUCACAUUGAAUGUAAAGAAAGCAUUUUUCGCUUUAGUUUACAAUGGUGUACGUGUAGCUAUAUUAUGGGAUUCCACUGAACAGAAACAUAUUGGCAUGUUGACUAUUACGGAUUUUAUACGCAUAUUACAUCGGUACUAUCGUUCACCAGAUCAACCAAUGACUGAAUUAGAAAAGCAUCAAAUUAAAACAUGGAGAGAACAAUUAACAGAAUAUCAACGUUCAUUAAUUUUCAUUACACCUGAAAGUACUUUAUUAGAUGCUGUACGUAUGUUACUCAGGCAUAAAGUUCAUCGUCUCCCUGUAAUUGAUCCAAUCAGUGGAAAUCCAUUGCACAUAUUAACACAUAAACGUGUACUGAAAUAUUUACAUAUUCAUCUUUCUGAACUUCCCUAUCCUUCAUUUAUGUCGAAGAAACUAUGUGAUGUCAAUGUUGGCUCAAUGACAAAUGUAUGUGUAGUUAAUCAAAAUUGUCCUGUUCAUAAAGCUUUACAAUAUUUCAUUGAGUAUGAUGUCUCAGCGUUGCCUGUUGUCGAUCAAGAUGGUCAAUUAAUUGAUAUUUAUGCAAAAUUUGAUGUAAUUAAUUUGGCAGCUACACGAACCUAUCAAAAUUUGGAUAUAAGUGUAUAUGAAGCUUUGGAUUAUCGACGUGGAAAAUUCCAAGGUGUUGCAACAUGUCAAUUAGACGAUACUUUGGAAGUGAUUGUGAAUAGAAUUGUCGACGCUGGUGUACAUCGUUUAGUAAUUGUUAAGGAUAACAAAGUAUUAGGUAUUGUUUCACUAUCAGAUAUUUUACGUUUUUUAAUUUCUGAACCAACUGUACAAAAGAUCAUUUCAAAUUAAUUCACAUAAAAAUGUAGUUGAACUUAGUUCUUCGUCUUAUUCGCUUCUCAUAAUGUAGACAGAAUAGAAUAAUCUUUCUUUCUUCUCGUUUCUAUGUGAAAUACACAGACAUACACGCACACACUUCUACAUCUAUCAGUAUAGCAACA